CUCCAACCCUUCAAUUGGACUCACCAAGAUCAUUGCUCAACACCAGCAGCAUGGCCCCUCGCGUGUUCCUCAUCACUGGCUGUUCAACCGGAUUCGGUGAAGAGCUCGUCAAAGUCGUUCUCGAAAAGGGCGAUUACGUCGUUGCUACCGCACGCAACUCCUCCAAACUAUCUUUCGAGAAUGCAAAUGACUCCAACAGCUUGCUUGUAGAUCUCGACGUGACCAAAAAGGAUUCCAUUGACAAGGCUUUUGACACUGCAAUCACCAAGUUCAAGCGUGUUGAUGUGGUCGUCAACAAUGCUGGAUAUGGCUUAAUGGGCCCAUUUGAGACGUUGUCAGAGAAGCAGAUUAAGCAACAGAUGGAAAUCAACUUCUUCGGUCUGAUUGACGUGACGAGGAAGGCGAUGGAGACCAUGCGCGAAUUAAAGACUGGAGGCGUCAUCCAGCAGGUUACCUCUAUUGGUGGCCAGAUUGGUGUUCCCAAUUUCUCCAUUUACUGUGCUAGUAAAUGGGCGGUUGAGGGUUUCACGGAAGCCAUUUCCAAAGAAGUGAAGCCAGAAUGGGGAAUCAAGUUUACAUGUAUCGAGCCAGGCGGCUUCCGAACAGAUUGGUCCGGCCGUAGUAUGGACUUUGGCGAAAUCGCACGCCCAGCCUACACCCAUGUCGAUCCGAAGAAGCUAGCCCAAGCGCGCCAUGGAAACCAACCAGGAGACCCAGCAAAAGGUGCAAAGGUCUUCUACGACUUAGCAAUCAUGGACGAUCCGCCUCUACGAUGCGUCGUUGGUACUGACGCAUAUAGCAUGAUCACCAAAAAGGUAGAGACGUACAGUGAAAGCAUCAAGAAGUUUGACAAGUGGAGCAACAGCACAGAUGUCGAUGGAUACAAAGCGCCUAGCUAAAUCCUGAUGACGAAGUGCCCAAGAACAGUAUGGUCCACACGAGAUGGAGAUGGAGCAGCGGCGAAUAUCCAUGUUACGCGCAAGCACAGCUGGAGCCGAAUCACAAGAUCUGUCCAAUGACGUUUCCCACAAUUAUGGUUUUUCUUGCAGCCUCCGCCUGUCAUACUGAUAUUGCAGAAGCAUGAGCCGUUUUUGAACCGUUGAGUGGCUGUGGGUCAGAAUACGCCUCCAGAGCCACAUGUUUUCUAUUUGGUGAUGUGAAAUCUAGAUGGGGACGUUUGGUUGCAAGGCUGCUUAUGGUCACACAAGUAUGAUGUGGUAGCUGUCGACACGUUGCGCCCGAUCUACGGAGCCGACUUGCCCUCGAAAUGCAAAUACAACGCAUGGUCAACGACC